CAACUUGCACGCUCCGGCAGCGAAGCUCCCCCCUCCCUGCCUCCUUCCCCGGCGCCCCGCUCUUCCUCCUUCCGCUCCGGCGAUGGGCACUGGCCGCCGCGGCGGCGGCGGCGGCGGCGUGUUCCACCGCCUCCUCGCCCUCUCGUCGCUGCUGCUCCUCGCUUCCGGCGAGGUCGUCUUCGAGGAGCGCUUCGAAGAUGGUUGGGAGACUCGGUGGGUGGAAUCCGACUGGAAAAGGAGUGAAGGGAAAGCAGGAAGGUUCAAGCACACAGCGGGGAGAUACUCUGCAGAUCCUGAUGACAAAGGAAUACAAACAACAAUAGAUGCCAGACAUUUUGCUAUCUCAGCCAAGUUCCCGGAAUUCAGUAACAAGAACCGGACGCUUGUGGUCCAGUACUCCAUUAAGUUUGAGCAGGAUAUUGAAUGUGGCGGUGGCUAUAUUAAGCUUAUGUCCGGUUAUGUCAACCAGAAAAAAUUUAGUGGGGACACUCCGUACAGCUUGAUGUUUGGACCAGAUAUAUGUGGUACUCAAACAAAGAAGCUCCAUCUUAUACUCUCUUACCAGGGGCAGAACUAUCCCAUCAAAAAAGAUCUAGAAUGUGAGACGGACAAGUUAACACACGUGUAUACUUUCAUUCUUAGGCCUGAUGCAUCUUAUAGCCUGCUUGUUGAUAACCGUGAAAGAGAAUCUGGGAGCAUGUACACUGAUUGGGAUAUUCUCCCUCCUCGUAAAAUUAAGGAUGUUCACGCCAAAAGGCCUAAGGAUUGGGAUGACAGAGAAUAUAUUGAAGAUCCUGAUGAAGUUAAGCCAGAGGGCUAUGAUUCUAUCCCAAAACAGAUUCCUGAUCCGAAGGACAAAAAGCCUGACACAUGGGAUGAAGAUGAGGAUGGAAUAUGGAAGCCCAGAAUGGUAUCAAAUCCAGCAUACAAGGGACCUUGGAAACGCAAGAGAAUUAAAAAUCCUAACUACAAGGGUAAAUGGAAGACCCCAUGGAUCGAUAAUCCAGAGUUUGAGGAUGAUCCAGAUCUUUAUGUGCUGAAGCCUUUGAAGUAUAUUGGAAUUGAAGUUUGGCAGGUAAAAGCUGGUUCAGUUUUCGACAACAUUCUGAUUUGUGAUGACCCUGAGUAUGCAAGAAAGGUUGUUGAGGAAACUUGGGGUGCAAAUAGGGAGGCUGAAAAGGAAGCUUUUGAAGAAGCUGAAAAGGAGAGGAAAGCUAGGGAGGAUAGGGAAGGUCAAAAGGCAAAGGACGAUGGUGGCCGGCAUCGAAUACACAGGCGUCAUAAAAAACACUACAGAGAUCACUGGGACGACUACCAUGAUGAGCUAUAAAAGUCCCCAAAUAUUGCAUUCCUCAAAAGCAUAAGCUGGAAGUUGCUUCGGACAUUGUGGGUGCUUUUCAAUAAUAAUAAUUGAUUCGCCUGGUCAGAACAACCUGAAGUGUUUCUUGCUAUGCGCCAACAAAUUAUUGAACUACAGGAUUUGAUAUGUAAUGGACAACCGAAGAUCUGCAGGGCAUUCCAGCGAAAACUUGGCUCUGGUACUGAAAUAGAGGGGACGAGAGACUGUAGUUUGUGUCUGUACAACGGUGCCGGCCAUGUGCUAGCUUUGUAAUCUCAAAACAUUGUCUUUGCAUGAAUAAUGUAAGUUACCCAAAAAUUACUGCAUACCAAGUUACAAAGUGUUGUAGCUGACAUAUGAGGAACACUUUAAUUUUAAUCUUCAUAUAUAUACUUCUGU